AUUAUUCUAGCCCUAAUUCGUUUUUUUCAUAGCCCUAAUUGCAUUUUUUACAUUCUUUUGCCUAUAUCAGCUAAACACUUAACCAUGUUUCAUAAGAUACUUAAACACAACUGUGUUACCAUAUAUUUUUACAAUUUGUAAUGUUGUGCUUGUGGUGUGAUAGUAAACCAUCAAUUUUUGUUAAUAUGAAAAAAAAAAUCAAAGUUUGAAAUGCCCUUGACUGUGCAAAUUUGUUUAUAUACAAUCUGGUCUUGUAAACUUAGAGUUGGCUUGCACGUGGUUCAUAAAAUAGAGUACCUAAUCUUUUUGAAGAUUUCUUAUGAUAUCUAAAUUGCAUGAAACUUUUCAAAAGAAAAUUAAACUGAAUAAUUAGUUGAUAUUUGCAUUUAAGUAUAAUAACUUAAAUUUUCUAUUAAUUGAUGCUGAUCAACUUUUUGUAUUGAAGCAGAUCUUGAAGUGCUUAUAAUAUUGUUUGGCAUCUAUCUUUUAAUAUGCCAUGUAGGAAAUAAAAGCUUAUUGGUAAAGGGAUGCUUCAUCCCUACUUGUUGCUAUUGGUUCUCAUUUACCAGACCUUGUAAGUAAUAGAAACAGUCCAAAAAGAAUAUCAUCAUUCUUUCACAUCUAUCUUUGUUCCAAAAUGUAUGCACAAAACUCAACUCUUCAAGAAACUCAGCAGAAAGAGGCAUCCAUUAAAAUAAUGGUUGACGACCCUGUAAAAUCAGAGCACACUCGGUGGAAUGCAAAGGCAAUUGGAGGCUUGUGGGAAACCACAGAUGGCAAUGAUCCUUCAGUUGACAAAUCCACUCUUGUUCACACUGAUCUUAGGUAUGCCAAAGACCUCACAGGACUUGAUUUUAAAAAUUGCCAACAUUGGAAUCCUUUCCUCGAGAUUCAUUAUGACCGAGUUAAAAAAGAUGGAAUAUUUAGCCAUAAGGAGGUCACAGUACUCUAUGUUCCUGAUUUAUCAGAUUGUUUACCUUCAACAUAUGCAUGGAGGGAUCAAUGGCUUUCACACAAGAAAGCUAUUGUUGAGAGAGAGCAUCGAUAUGCUCUUAAAAGAGAGAUAGCUCGAGGAAAGAAGGAAGGAUUGAAAGAUAAGGAACCUGGGACACCCAAAGAUCUGAAGAAGGAUGCAAAAUUAGAAAAAGAGAAAGUGCCUGAAUCUGAUGAGUCAGCAUCAAAACUAAAAGAAAUGGAAAAAGAUAAAGUCAAAGAACCUGCAAAACAUAAAGUGGUAGAUAAAUCAAAAGUAACUAUUGCGGAGGAACAAAGUGUUGCCCCUGAGCAGAAAAAAGAUGAAAAGAAAGGUAAAAUGGGUUCCAAAACGAAGGGUAUUAUUGUCCAGUCUGACAGUAAUGAAAAAUUGGAAACUGAGGAGAAGUUAAAGGAGGAGAAAGUGAAACAAGAGAAGGAUGUUAAAGGUGAAACAAAGGGUAAAGAAGUAAAAGAUAGUAAAAAGGAUGAAGAGGUUACCACACUUUCUAAUGUUGAAGAAAAAAAGAGAUUUGAAUUUCUGGAAGCAGUGAGCGGUAUGAUGGAUGCCCAUCUUCGUUACCUCAAACGGGGAUAUGAGCUUUUGCAUCAGAUGGAGUCGUAUAUAAAUCAGGUGUUGACAUAUGGUCAACAAUCUCAAGAGAGAUCAAAUUAUGAGCAAGCAGCUCUGAACGAAAGAAUGCAAGAGUACAAAAGACAAAUUGAUCGGGAGAGCAGUCUUUACUUAUUAUUUUCGACAACAGGGCUCUGGCAGUCAAAUAUCUGUCAGAGGAAUAGCUCUGAACUCGGUCAUGGCCUGCUGAGUCGUUGGCUUUCUUCUCAUCAUCACCAUGGUGGAGGCGGAGUACAUGAUGAGAAAUUGUUGCUCAUCACACUGUUAACCUCUUGA